GCUGAGCGGAAGUAGAUGGAAACAAGCAGGCCAGGCUCUGACAGCAAAAUACGUCUGUCGCUGGGGAGCAAACUCUCCGGACCUGGUGUUUUUUCUUUAAUUUGAAAGUGUAGAAGAAGUAGACACAUCAACAUGGGCCACAUUUGGGAGCACAUCUUGACGACGCCGAAACUCCGGGUGACACUUCUUUGCGCCUUUCUUCUCUCUCCUGUUGUCUCCCCGGGUGACGCCUGGACACGAAGCGUCAGCCCCUCGACCGGGGAAACGGUAGAAACUUACAACAAAUACUAUAAUUAUGUUGACCUGACUGGGCGUUUACAUUCUUUAGCUCAGAAAUACCCUCAUUUAGCUAACCUGUCGAGCAUAGGUCAGUCUGUGGACGGCAGGGAGCUCUGGGUGAUGCGGAUCACUCAGGACCCCAACAGAGACGCACCGGGGAGACCCAAAUUUAAAUAUAUCGGGAACAUGCACGGCGACGAAACCGUGUCCAGGCAGGUGUUGGUGUACCUUGUGGAGUACCUGCUGACUAAAUAUGGAGAGAUACCGCGUAUAACUGAGCUGGUGGACACCACGGAUAUUUACAUCAUGCCCAGCAUGAACCCCGACGGCUUCGAGAAGUCCAUAGAGGGAGACUGCAGUGGCCAAAACGGUGGACGAAAUAAUGCCCGAAAUAUUGACCUCAACAGAAGCUUUCCUGACCAGUAUGAUGGGAAGAUUGUCAAUCCAGUUAAUAUCCCCGAGAUCAUGGCUGUGAUCAAAUGGAUCAAGGAGAACAAAUUUGUGCUGUCAGGGAACCUGCAUGGCGGCACUUUGGUUGCCAGUUACCCUUUUGAUGACUCGGCCUCCCACCAGCGGCAGGGUCACUACAGCCAGGCAGAAGACGACAGCCUGUUUCGCUAUUUGGCCCUGGUGUAUUCCCAGAACCACCCGGUGAUGAAGACUGGGGAGCCCAACUGUCCCGAUGCCCUGGAAGAAACUUUUCAAGAUGGCAUCACCAAUGGGGCGCAGUGGUAUGACGUUCCCGGAGGGAUGCAGGACUACAACUACCUCUAUGGAAACUGUCUGGAAAUCACCAUGGAGCUGAGCUGCUGCAAAUAUCCUCCUGCUUCUGAGCUCCAAAAGGAAUGGGAUCUGAACAGGGAAUCCCUACUAGCCUACAUAGAAAAGGUCCAUAUAGGUGUUCAUGGCUAUGUGAAAGAGGCCGUCAAUGGCACUGCCCUCGCCAAUGUCAGCAUUGUGGUGGAAAGCAUUCGCCACAACUUGAACACAGGAAAGUAUGGGGACUACUACCGCCUUCUACUCCCUGGAACGUACAACAUCACAGCUGUGGCCCCAGGAUACACACCAAUGACAGUCCACAGUGUCCAGGUCUUAGAUGGCAAAGCCACAGAACUAAACUUUACCUUGGCACCCGUGGUCAAUGAGGCUGCAGGUAGCAUCACUGUGACUACAUCCAUGCCGUUCACCAAUGACCCAAACCUCUCCACCACCACCAACUCUGCUGACUCCACCCAAACCCGGCUUGUCUCUUCUGACAGAAGCAACACCAGCCCUCCUUUACUUCCACCAGAACAUCAGCCCAUCCAGCCUCAGGUAUUUCGUCACCACAACUACGCAGACAUGGAGCUGUUCUUACGCAAAUACAGCAGCGAGUUCCCCUCUAUUACUCAUCUUUACAAGGUUGGCCGCUCCGUGGAAGAACGUGAGCUCUAUGUGUUGGUCAUCUCGGACAACCCCACUGUCCAUGAGCAUGGUGAGCCAGAGUUUAAGUAUGUAGCCAACAUGCAUGGUAAUGAAGUGGUGGGCCGAGAGUUGAUGCUCAACCUCAUCGAGUACCUGUGCCGUAACUAUGGUACUGACACGGAGGUCACUCGGUUGGUCAACAAUACCCGUAUUCAUAUCAUGCCCUCUAUGAACCCUGACGGCUAUGAGGCAGCCACUGAAGGUGAUGUAAAGGGCUACAAAGGGCGAAACAACAGCAAUAAUAUCGACCUGAACCGCAACUUCCCAGACCAGUUUUUUACCAUCACAGAUCCCAGACAGCCGGAGACUAUAGCUGUGAUGAACUGGCUGAAGACCAACCCCUUCAUCCUGUCAGCCAACCUCCAUGGAGGCUCCAUGGUGGUCAACUACCCCUAUGAUGAUGACAAAAAGGGGACAUCUGAGUACAGCCGGUCGCCGGAUGACAAAGUCUUUAAGCAGGUUUCUAGCGCCUACUCUCAGGAGAAUCUUUUGAUGCACAAUGGACACCCUUGUCAGGACCUGUACCCUGGGGAAUUUUUUGAGGAUGGCAUCACCAAUGGUGCCAACUGGUACAGUGUUCCUGGUGGCAUGCAGGACUGGAACUACAUGAACACCAACUGUUUUGAGGUGACCAUCGAGCUGGGCUGUGUGAAGUACCCCAUGAGCAAGGAACUGCCAAAUUACUGGGAACAAAAUCGACGGUCCUUGCUUCAGUUUAUACACCAGGUUCACAUUGGAGUAAAAGGCACAGUCUCUGACAUUCAGGAUGGCACAGGAAUUCCCAAUGCCACCAUUAUUGUGGAGGGGAUAGACCACAACAUCACCACAGCUCGUACUGGAGACUACUGGAGACUGCUGAGCCCUGGGACUUACUCUAUCACUGCUUCCGCUCAUGGUUAUAAACCUGUGAGGACCUACGCCACAGUCUCAAAAAGUGGAGCAGAGGUGGUGGACUUCAGACUGACACGUGUGCACUCGGACCCCAAUGGCCAGUCUGUCCAGGGCCCCCAACCCACACAGAACCCAUCGGAGAAGAAGUUCCAUACUUUAAUCAAGGACCUCUCUCUAGGCCAGGGUUUGGAGCAGUUGGUCAAGAGCACGGCCACAGAUAACAGCUUCCGCUACAGACGCUACAAAGAGAUGUCCGGCUUCGUGAGAGGCCUCACACUUAACUUUCCCAAAAUUACAUCUUUACACAGUUUGGGCCAAAGUAUCGAGUUUCGAACCAUUUGGGCUCUGGAGAUCUCCAACAACCCAGGGGAAGCUGAACCUUCUGAGCCCAAAAUCCGCCUUGCAGCGGGGAUCCAUGGCAAUGCCCCUGUGGGAACAGAGCUGCUGCUGGAGUUUGCUGCCUUCCUGUGUAUCAACUAUGGGAAAAACCCAGCAAUCACCAGGCUGAUCAAUGAGACCCGGAUUGUCAUCGUGCCUUCUAUCAACCCAGAUGGACGAGAACAGGCUAUUGAGAAGCAGUGCACCUCCACUCAGGGCUUAAACAAUGCUCAUGGCAAGGAUCUGGACACAGAUUUCUUUGGCAAUGCGUCACAGCGUGUAGUGGAGGCUCAACCAGAGACCAAAGCCAUGAUGGAGUUGAUUCUCGACAAGAGCUACACUCUGUCUGUGGCCCUCGAUGGAGGCUCCCUUGUUGCUACAUACCCCUAUGACAAGCCUGUCCAGUCUGUUGAAAACGAGGGCACAUUGAAGUACUUGGCAAACGUUUAUGCCAACAACCACCCUAAGAUGCACCUCGGGGACACUGAAUGUUCAAAUAAUGGGCAGAUGGGCAACAUCCCAGAUGGAGUUAUGAGGGCAGCAGAGAGACAAAGUCACAUGGGGAGCAUGAAGGACUUCAGCAUGGACUCUGGCCACUGUCCAGAGAUCACAGUGUAUAGUGGCUGCUGUUUGUUCCCUCCUGCGGAGCAGCUGGCCACACUCUGGGCUGAGAACAAGAAGCCUCUCCUAAGCAUGUUGGUGGAGGUCCAUAAAGGGGUGCGUGGCGUGGUGAGGGACAAGAGUGGAAAACCUAUAGUUGGCGCGAUCAUUGUACUGAAUGGGGGAGUGAGGGUCUUUACCGUAGAGGGCGGCUACUUUCACGCGCUGCUGGCUCCUGGCAACCACAACAUUGAAGCCGUUGCUGAUGGCUACCAACAACAACGUCGAGAGGUGGUGGUGUCUUCCUAUGACGCUGCUAGCUCCAUCAUCAUUGAGUUUGACAUGGACAACAACAUUUUUGGCCUGCCCAGAGAGUUUGUAGUGGCCAGUGCAGCAGCCUCCAUGACAGCGUUGGUGGUGACGGCGUGCAUCAUCUGGUGUGUGUGUGCGGCCAAAUCUAAUCGACAGAAAGACGGCUUCCACCGCUUGCGACAGCACCGAGAUGAUUAUGACGAUGAGAUCCGGCUCACCUCCAUGGGCUCCAAGAAGUCGCUGCUUGCCCAUGAGUUUCAGGACGAGAGUGAAAGCGAUGAGGAUACACUGUAUGCCAACAAAAUCUGAGAACCAUUGCACCGAUUUAGCUGUUGGCUUAGUUUUUUUAUUUUGAUCUCCCCCUUAAAUUUAACCCACCAGGAACAGACAGCAUCUCCCUUUCAUGACAGAUAAGAGUGAUAAAGAUGCUUUGUUCUAUUAUAUCAACAAGCUCUAAGGACUCACUCCCAGUCACUGAGUUAUAAGUGCUACUAAAUUAUUUUUCUAAGAGCAUCCUGCUGGUGUCUGGACUGAAGGCCUUGCUCCAUCUCUACCUGACUGGAUCAGGAGAACAGGACAAUGAGAAGGUGAUUUUAAAAAGAGAGGGAGAGAGAAAUAAAUGUUUGGUCCAUUGUGACCCUCAGCCGUCCUAAUCGCAGGUUUUCAGUUCCACAGCUUUUUCAUUUCCGAGCCACACGAGUGCUAAUUUAGACCACAACCUGCCCGGCCUACCUGAGGAGGAGUUCCAGCCGAUUUAAGUCCAAAUAAACUCUUGUUUAGUGGAUGUGUAAUGAACUCUCCAUGGAGGUGCUUAAUCUCACACAAGCUCCCCAAAUGAUAUCAUGCAUUUCUUUCAAUACUGCGUUGAGCUAAGAAAUUAGAAAUGAUAUGUUUCUUUAUCUAAGACGGCAUUGCCACAUUGAAGUGUCCGAGCCUUUGUGAGACUGAAUCCAACACUGUGCCUUGGCUUCUGUAAAGUUUACAGUCUGGUCGGGCUGUAGUAUGUGACCGAAAGCAGCAACGUAGUGAAUAGAUAAUAUUUGAUCCAUCCUAUACUCAGGUGGUAGGAAAAGAGACAUUUUGAUUUAAAGGACUGCUGAUUUCCAAUGUUGCACUGUUUCUGCACAGGUGACUCUAUGCUGGCUGGCCUGGGUUCAAUAGUUUUGUAUUUUUCCAGUGAGUCAAUGUUGUGGCCAGAAUCAUAAUAAUCAUCAUCAUCAUGGGAGCGAGUUUCUCAAAAGCUUUAAAGCAUCAGGGAGAGUCUGUUACCAAUGAAAUGCUUGAAUGAAACCUGCCCAGUAGGUGCAUGGUGCUCUAAUGUAUGCAUGGAGGUCGCGUGCACUAAUGGAAAGCAAGGAUCGUCCCAUAUCAUUGGCCAAGAAAAAGAAAAGAAACAUUGAAUCUCUACAUAUUUAAUCAUAAAAAAAGAAUGUAUAUGUUGUUUUUCCGUUUUUGUUUUAACUAUAAGUUGUAGGGUAAAUGCAAACUAUUUUUAUCAAGGAUGUGUCACCAUGCCUCAUAAGGAAUAUCUAUUCUGUGUGCAUUUGAAUGUGUUCGUGUUUAUUCCCCCGCUAAACAAUACUUUGGAGUGCAAAAGUCAUACUAGGUUCUCCGUCCAUUACUGAUCGCUGUCUGAGAAUCAACGUCAGUGCUACUUGAUUUAAAGGUUCAGUGCAAAGAAAAUUACAUUUUCCAAACUUAUUGUCAAACAAAAGGCAUAUAGAUCAUAAUCCAUUCCAAGGUCAGCAAAUGAGUUGAGACUUGUCACACAAAAAUGUAAAGCGCCUCAGUACAUAACUACAUUAUAUGGUGUAAAUAUAAUAUGCACUCCUUCAGUCAGUUGUCAGCGACACUGAAAAAUAGGCUACUGAAAGAUUGAGUUUGUGGCUUCAAAGAACAACGUAGUCUGUUUCAAUUUGCCAUUUCUCUCAUGUUAAAGAUCAUUUAACAAGUUUUCAGUGGGGUAUAUGGGUAAAUCUUGUUUUUCGUGCAGACAUGCAAGUUGUGAAAAUACAGUGGAGAAUAAAAGGGAGGCCUUUGUGUUGGUAAUCCUGUGCUGAAAUGCCAAACAUGAAAUAUAAUUUAACUUUAGACAUUCAUCAGGUGCACUGCCAAACCAAACUUCUUUACAUUAGAAAUCCAUGUGUAAGUGUCCCUAAUUGAAUUAAAAUUGACGCACUGUAUCAUUAAAUCCGGUGGUUCUCGCCGUGCAUGUUUUUCAUCACGUUUUUUUGAAGGAAUAUACACUACUAAAGGAUUUGCCUUGAUUUCCAGUUACUUUUGUGAUGAUUUGUUCCUUCUGCUUUUAAGAAAUGCAGUUAUCAGUAAAGUUAAACCUGAUAUCUCCGUAUAGAGACAGUUUUGUAUGUUAUUUUUCUUUCUUAUACUGUGUCUGAAUGUGUGUGUAUGAAUUUUGAGAGUUGUGCGUAUGUCAGAGUCACGCAGAGUUGGUGUGCAGAUUUUAUAUGAACUGGAAUCAACUAUAAAUAAUGUUUGCCAAUUGUGAAUGAAAAAAAUGCAAUUUCUGUUAACCAUGAAUCUACACAAAGCAAAAACAUUUAAUAAAAACCUCUGUGAUCAUGCACAAAAACUCAUGAAACACAAUUAAAUAAAACCCCUCACAGCGUUA